AUGCACAGACCAUCCUGCCGUGAAGCCGAGUCAGAGAGGAGCAAGCCAAUGGUUGAGGGAGUCGGCCAAUGGGAGGCGCUGUGCGAUGAGCUUCUGUCCACACCGGAAGCAUGUGCAGACGCCGUCAACCAGUGUGCUAAACACUUUCAGUGGAAAGGAGCCGUUGGGAUUGGCGUACCCGCAGUGGUGAAGGAUGGGACCACAUGGACAGCCGCGAACAUCGACAGCAGUUGGGUGGGAGCGGACGUGGAGGGCUUGUUCAGCCUGGUAACAGGGUUACCAGUCACGGUGGUCAACGACGCCGACGCUGCUGGCUAUGCGGAGCUGGGCUUCGGUGCAGGGUCCGGGGAGAACGAGCGCGGCGUGGUGUUCAUUGUGACCUUCGGGACCGGCAUUGGCACGGCCAUGUUCGUGGAUGGCAUUCUGGUUCCCAACCUGGAACUGGGUCACAUGGAGGUGGAUGGAGUGGAGGCAGAGGCAACAGCAGCAGGCGUGCUGGUGGAGAGAAAUGGGUGGACGUGGCAGCAGUGGGCUGACAAGGUCGCCUGGUACCUGGGCCACAUUGAGAAGCUCUUCUGGCCCUCCAGAUUCAUCGUGGGAGGGGGAGUGAGCAAUGCACACGAGCAGUGGCUGCACCUGGUGAAGCUGCCCAAGGGCACGCCCAUCCUGCCUGCUUCCAUGAAGAACGAUGCCGGCAUCAUUGGUGCUGCCAUGGCUUCGCUUGCUCGCUCCGUCUUUGCCAUCCGGCACAAGCCACAGCAGGUGGAGGACUACAUUCAGGCCUAA